AUGGCUUCCCCUAGCAUUCUCACCUUUGACGCUGAGGGUCGGGCAGUGGACUUUGAGGUCUGGGUAGAUGAUCUGCAGCUUUUCCUGCAGUGCGAUAGGGCAGACGACCUCUCCCUGUUUGACCUCACUUCUGGUGCCUCCCCUGCCCCUGCUGCUGAUGCUGACGCCACUAUUCGCUCACAGUGGGCCACACGUGACGCUGCUGCCCGCCUUGCUGUGCGCCGCCACUUACCAACCACUGAGUGUGCACACUUUAGCCAGUACAAGAGUGCUCAGACCUUGGAUCACUUCCUCUCUGUUUGCCCCACCACUCUCACUGUUGACCUCCUCGAGAAGGCCCUCCUAGCGAUAGAGAAGAGCAUAGUCGGUUCGGUCGGCGCUGCGUCUGCCCCGAGCGGGAGACGCCGCACCGGCAAGGGCAAGGGGGGCGAGGGCACUGGAGGGGGUGGAGGGGGCGGUGGAGGUGGUGGUGGAGGCGGUGGAGGGAGUGGUGGUGGUGGUGGGAGUGGUGCUGGGGGUAGCGGCGGCGGCGGCAGCAGUGGAGGCGGCGGAGGCGUUGGAGGUGGCGGAGGGAGCGGAGGCGGCGGAGGUAGUGGAGGAGGCGGAGGUGGAGGAGGCGGCGGCGGGGCAGCGGAGGCAGCGGUGGUGGAGCGAGUCGCAACUCUGCACCGAGGAGUGGCGCCGGUGGUGCGCGGUGGGGGUUUUGGUCCCUGCUCUUACGUUCUCCGUACCGGCGACCGCACUGGUGAGAAGUGCGGAGGUCCGCACUCCACCCAGCGCUACUUUGGUCGCCUGACGGACGCGUGGCGUCGCCUGUUCCCUGAGGCGUCAGAGAUCCCUCGCUGGGGAGAUCUGGCUAAGGCCGGGGUUGCUAUCUUUGAUCUUGACUUUGAUGCUAUUCUUGCUGCCAUGUAUGCUGUUGCUGAUAGUGUUGAGGGUGCCUGUUACCUGUGUGUAUCGCCUGACCCGGGCAUUAAGGCUGCUGCGCUAGGUGCUGGUGAGACUGCUGCUCUAGGUGCUCGUGCGUCUGCUGCCCCAGGUGCCAGUGCGUCUGCCGCCCCAGGUGCUGGUGAGUCUGCUCUCUCAGGUACUACGUCGGCUCAGGCCUUCCACACCUUCACCCUGGACUCGGGUGCGUCCCGCUCCUUCUUUCGAGACCGCACCACUCUUACGCCGCUUAGUCGGCCGGUUGCAGUCUCCCUGGCAGACUCCUCUAGGGGUCCUGUCCUUGCCAGCUUCUCCACUGUCCUUCCGUGCCCUGCAGCCCCCUUUGGCACCCUGUCUGGUCUCUACCUCCCCUCGUUCUCUACGAACUUGGUGAGUGGAGCGGACCUACAGGAUCGAGGGGUUGACCAGUUCACUCGUGCGAGUCAGGGAGUGACCCACUGCAGGUGUGCUCGGACAGGCCGACACUUGGCCACGUUCACCCGUCGACCACGGUCGAGCCUGUACACCCUUACUGCUGAGUCUCCUCCUACUGGUGAGUCUGCCCAGGUAGCUGUGUCGAGUCAGGUGUUUGCUGCGGCGUCCAGGUCUGGUCCUGAGUCUGCCCCCUGCUCGUGUCGUCUGCUGUCCCACCAGACUCUCCUUUGGCACCACCGCCUUGGUCACCCCUCCCUGCCUCGUCUCCGAGGCAUGGCCUCCCGUGUCCUUGUCUCUGGUCUUCCUCGGUCUCUCCCUCCCCUUCCUCCGGGGCCUGGCCCUACCUGCGUCUCCUGCGUCGAGGGGCGACAGCGCGCCGCCCCUCACUCCUCCGAGUUUCCUCCGACAGAGGCUCCGCUGCAGACUCUACACAUGGACGUGUGGGGCCCAGCCCGCGUCAGUGGGCAGGGGAGAGAGCGGUACUUUCUGCUGGUCGUUGACGACUACUCGCGUUACACCACAAUCUCCCCCUUGCGCAGCAAGGGUGACGUCACUGAGACCUUCACGCUUCCGGCCUCUCCACAGCAAAAUGGGAUUGCUGAGCGCCGCAUUGGCAUGGUCAUAGACGUCGCGCGUACGUCCAUGAUGCAUGCGGCUGCCCCCCAUUUUCUGUGGCCGUAUGCGGUCCAGUACGCAGCGCAUCAGCUCAACCUUCAGCCCUGGGUCUCCUUGCCAGAGACCUCCCCCGCCUUGCGGUGUACAGGGAAGGUUGGUGAUGCGUCUGCGUUUCGGGUCUGGGGAUCUCGGGCGUUUGUCCGCGACAUGUCUGCGUACAAGCUGUCCCCCCGUGCUGUUCCUUGCGUCUUCCUUGGCUUCCCCCCUGACGCGCCUGGCUGGCAGUUUUACCACCCCACCACGCGCCGUGUUUCCUGUCCUCCCAUGACGUCACCUUUGACGAGUCGGUGCCUUACUACCGUUUCUUCCCCUACCGCACUGCGCCCCUCCCCCCGCCACCGCUCUUCCUUGCGCAAGAUAGACGCAGUCGAGCCUGUCGAGGUAGCUGUUGAGUCUGGUGCUGCUAGAGGUGCUGAGCCUGCGGGUGCCGGGUCUGGGGGUGCUGAGUCUGGGGGUGCUGAGACUGGAGGUACUGAGCCUGGGGGUACUGAGCGUGGGGGUGCUGAUCCUGGGGGUGCGGAGCCUGGGGGUGCUGGGUCUGCUCGUGUGGCCGCCGGCGGUACUAUGUCGAGGCGGGAGCCGCUCUCUCCACAGGAGUUGCGCGUGUGGUUUGCCCACUGCUGGAGACGUGCUGCUGAGUCUUGGGGUACUGCAAGAGCUGCAGGGGGUGUUGGCGCUGAUGUUUCUACUGGUGAUGGUGCGUCUGGGGGUGUGCUGCUGAGGCAGCUGGUGCUGACGGUCCUACUGGAGUUGGCAGCUGGUGCUGCCGGUCCUACUGGAGUUGUGCUGCUGGAGCUGGAGCUGCUGGGGGUGUUGGCGUUGGCGGUGCUGGUGGCGUUGGUGCUUCUGAGGGUACUGGAGUUGGCGCUGUUGGAGCUGGAGAUUCUGCUUGCGCUGGUGCUGCCGGGGGGGUCACAGUUACCGCCCGCCUCCCCUCUACCUGCUCCUUCUCCCUACACUGGUCCUACUGGAGGUCUUGCUGAGCGUCGUGAGCCUGCGUCUCGUCCCGCGUCACCUGUUCGUGCUGCUCGCACUAGUGGUCGUACUACCCGUCCGCGUCCUCCUACGGUUCCCGGCACACACCAGAUGGCACUGCGUCCUUCCACUGCUCCUCUGCGUGUCCCGUUGCCGUCUCCUCCAGAGUCCUCUCUUCCUUCUCUUGCUGACCCGGACACGGACGUACUUGAGGACAGGCAGGAGGAGUUCCAGUGCUUUGCGGCUGCUUUGCCCCAUCUCGUGUCCACGCUGAUUGCCCCUGAGGGAGACCCGGAUGCACCAGACAUCCCGACUCCUCGAUCUUACGCUGAGGCGAUCGAGGGUCCCUACUCCUCUCACUGGCAGUCGGACAUGGACGCAGAAAUGGCUUCCUGGAAGUCCACAGACACCUACGUCGACGAGGUUCCCCCACCUUGGGCGAACAUCGUCUGUGGGAUGUGGAUCUUCAGGGUGAAGCGUGAGAAAAUGUGA